CCUAUCACACAAUCUAUUCCUCUCCUACACAGAAAUAUUCUCGUGGGCGAGAAAAAAAGCGCGCCCCCGCGGCCGUACUGUACAGAGGCGCGCACGCGCACAGCUCGCCCACCGCCGAAUAUUCUGGGCGAACGGUUGCUGUGCGUCUUCCGCCAGCCUGGUGCUGAUGUGUCGGGGGUCUGCAUUUAUUCAGCCCAGGUUUCGAGAGCUGAACUGAAUAUUAUACUGAGCCGCAUAAACAUCUUACGAUGCAGACUCUCACACCGCACGUGUUUUGGGCCCAGAGACACGGCGAAAUUUACCUGCGGGUGGAGAUAAGCGAUGCGAAGAUGCAGAUCCAUGGCUUCCUCCUCCAAGACCACAAGCCAUCUGUACCAGUCAUGUUUUAUUUACAGACAUUUUUCAGAACUUUGACAUAAGCGUACAAGAGAACACCCUCAAGUUUAGAGGUCAGGGUCAUGGAGCAAAAGGAGAAAAUGAAUAUGAAUUCAGCUUGGAGUUCUUAAAUCCGGUGAAACCUGAGAUAAAACACAAAUCCACCCAGCGGCAGGUGAAUAUCACAGUGAGAAAGCAGAAGCACUGCUGGUGGGAUCGACUCACCAUGCAGGAGAAGAAGCCUGUGUUUCUGGCCCCUGACUUCGACCGCUGGCUGGACGAGUCAGAUGCUGAGAUGGAGCUGAGGCAAAAGGAAGAAAGAUUAAAUAAAAUAAGCAUCGAGUCAAGGAUUCCAAAGGACCCAUACCUAGGCUUGAAAAAAGGAUAUCUCUUCAUGUACAACCUGGUCCAGUUUCUUGGGUUCUCCUGGAUCUUUGUCAACAUGACUGUUCGUCUUUUCAUACUUAGGGAAGAUUCUUUCUAUGAUACCUUUCACACCAUUGCUGAUGUGAUGUACUUCUGUCAGAUGCUAGCCAUUGCUGAGGUUAUUAACCCUGCCUUGGGGUUAGUCAAGACUGGUGUAAUGCCUGCCUUUAUACAGGUGAUGGGGAGGAACUUUGUCCUUUUUGUCAUCUUCGGGAGCCUAGAGGAAAUGCAGAACAAACCUGUUGUUUUCUUUGUCUUCUAUCUCUGGAGUGCCAUUGAGAUAUUUAGGUACCCUUUUUACAUGUUGGCCUGCAUUGACACUGAAUGGAAAACGCUGACUUGGCUACGGUAUACUGUUUGGAUUCCCCUGUACCCACUUGGUGUCCUUGCUGAAGCUGUGGCAGUCAUCCAGUCUAUCCCCAUCUUCAAUGACACUAAAUUCUUAAGCAUCCCUUUGCCUGAAGCCCUCGGCUCCUCCCUCAGCUUCUCCUACGUCCUGCAGCUCUACUUGCUGCUCAUGUUCCUGGGACUCUUCAGCAACUUCCGUCAUCUCUACAAGCAGAGGAGGAGACGGUUCCGAAUGAAAAAGAGGAAAGCCAACUGAGAUGCCCUCGGAAGAACUGAAGUGUCCUGCCUUCACCCAGGACUCUCUCAGCCCAUCUUUUUCCGCUCUCUAGCUAGAGAAAUCAUUACAGAAGCAGGAUUACCCAUUCCUCCGCUGAACCAAACAAAGUGCAUUUACAGUCUAGUUCUCAAACCCAAUAGGACCUUGAACCAACUACAAAACAGAUUGUUUAAUUUGAUAGGGCUUAAAGUAUUUAUAAAUCUAACUGUUAUUUCUAUUGCGAGUUAUGUUUAGUGGGUUGGGCAUUUGAAGUUGACAGAGUAGUAACAUUCUCCCUAUCAAUCAUUCCCCGGAACGUGUUUGUGUGUUUAUCUCUGCAGAAGAGCAGAGAAACUGAUAUAGAGACCAACAACCUCAGGGACUGUGACAGUUUUAAACAAAGCAGCAGAAACCCACAAGAGGGGCAAUAAUCUGCUAUGUUAUAUAAAGAAAACAGAUGAAUAGUAUAUGCUACUGAAUACCAGGCUACUGAUGAUUGUUUAAAAUAAAGCUUUCAAAUGAAUGAUUACUAUCAACUACAUUACAAAUGUGAGACACA